AUGUCUCAUUCAGGGGCUCAAGGUAGCAUAGGUAGCCACUCUGCUAUUGGUAUGCGCAAUUACAAGAUAUACUUCUAUGAGUUUGAAAACUUUCAGGGUCGCAGGCUUGAUGUGUUUGGAGAGUGCCGUAACCUGUGUGAGAAAGGUCUAGAUCGAGUUGGAUCUAUCAGGGUAGAAUGUGGCCCCUGGGUGGGGUAUGAGCAGCAAAACAUGAAUGGUGAGAUGUUCAUACUAGAGAAGGGAGAGUACCCACGUUGGGACACCUGGUCCAAUAGCCAUAGGUGUGACCGCUUCAUGUCUGUCCGGCCUAUGCGCAUGGAUCCUCAAGACCACAAAAUCUGCCUGUAUGAAUGUCCUAACUUUGAGGGCCGUAAGAUGGAAGUGUGCGAUGAAGAUAUACCAAGUCUGUGGUCUUAUGGAUUCCAGGACAGAGUAGCCAGCAUUCAAGUUACAGGUGGAACCUGGGUUGGUUACCAGUACCCAGGCUAUCGUGGGUACCAGUAUGUGUUUGAAAUGGGUCCGUACAAGCACUGGAAUGACUGGGGAGCCCACCACCCUCAGAUCCAGUCCAUCCGCAGGGUGAGGGACAUGCAGACGCACCGCCGGGGCUGCUUUGAGAUGACUGCUUAG